AUGGCGGUGUACGCAUCAUCCGAGUUCAGCCGCGUGUUCUCGGCGCUGGACCGGGACGGCGACGGCAAGCUGUCGGCGGCCGAGCUGCGCCUCUGCAUGAAGGCGGCGCUGGGCGAGGACGUGUCGGCGGAGGAGGUGGACCGCCUGGUGGCGUCGGCGGACGCCGACGGCGACGGGCUGCUGAGCCAGGAGGAGCUCCUUGUGCUGGCGCUGGCGGGGACGGCGGCGGCGGAGGCGGAGGAGGAGGACGAGGGCCAGCGGCGGCGGGAGCUCAGGGAGGCGUUCGGGAUGUACGCCAUGGAAGGCGAAGGGUGCAUCACGCCGCUGAGCCUGAAGCGGAUGCUCUCCAGGCUGGGCUACCACCAGGACAUUGAUGAGUGCAGGGCCAUGAUCUGCAGGUUUGAUCUCAACGGCGACGGGGUGCUCAGCUUCGAGGAAUUCAAGGUCAUAAUGGAUGCAUAG